AUGUCUAAUGCUUCACAACCGCAUCCCUGUCCCUUUGCAUUGACAACUUGGAUGAUAGAUAACGGCGCCGGGGCCUCAGAGACAAACGAAACCACAGCUCCACUCAAUGUCCUUCACGCCCGGUGUCCGCACUGCGGGAGGAUAUUCCGCGGCCAGCGGUCAUCCCUUUCCCUUCAGGAGCACAUCAGCAGCAUUCAUGCAGUCGUAGUCCCCUCUUCCAAGUCCAAUAUGGCAUCCUCUCCAUCCGCCUCCCAUUCCUCCGAUGCAUUGGUCGGCCCCACACAUAACGAUAGGACCUUUGUUUGCUCUCAAUGUAAGGCAUCGUUUGCACAAAGAGAUCAGUUGGAGAAACACGAGUUAAUCCACUCAUCACAGGGACAGUAUAAGAUAGGAGAGGGUCUACCCCAUGCCUACGAUGAUUGCAUGCAAUUAGGUGUGAGUGGUUGUCAGUCUAUCUCUGCCCGUAAGAGCCUAGUGUGUGGUGUCUCACUGUCUCACUGUCUGCAUGUAUGCCUCUGCAUCUCCUUCUGUCUCUAUCAUCUCUGCCAGUAUUGCCUUCUGUGCAAUAAAAGCUUUGCCAACGUAUACCGUCUACAGCGCCAUAUGCUCAGCCAUGACGAGAGUCAAGUGCUCCGGAAGUUCAAGUGUCCCGAAUGUUUCAAAGCCUUCAAGUUUAAGCAUCACCUCAAAGAACACAUCCGAAUACACAGCGGGGAGAAACCGUUCGCGUGUCCUAAUUGUGCCAAACGCUUCUCACACUCGGGAUCCUAUUCCUCUCACAUGACAAGCAAGAAGUGCCUCGUCGUCAACUUGAAAGUCAGAAAAGUAGAUCAAAUUCGGGGUCAAAGGAAUAGAAACAAUCAUUUGAACACAAAUGGUGGCACCGCUAAUGGUGUGCCACCGCAGACAUGUCUUACCAAAUUGGAUCUGUUGGCCAAUAUUUCUGACACUCAAACCAAUUUGAAGAUAUCCUCGAAUAACUCGAACUACAAAAAGGAUUUUGACAUUUCUUCCAAUCGAAACCAUUCAGUAUUGAAAGCCGAGUCCAACGACCACUUCGCGCCUUUAUAUCUCAACUCAGAUCUGAACCGAUGUAUCCCAGAGAGCGCAUCGUUUGUCAACUACGUGCCAACCAAUUACUCGUCGGGAAUGCCGGCCCUCCAUCCGGUGCUCUUCUCAGCCGCCGCCGCUUCUGUUGGUUUACCGACUCAUUACUUAUCGACUGCGCUCUCGAGUUAUCCGGAAGUGGCCAACGCUAUCCUCAGAUCACAGAUGAAUAAAUCGGUUAAAGAGCUUGAGUUAAGUCGAGACAAGUAUUCAGUGAAUUGUCAUAAUAAUAAGAAAAGCGAUUCAAUGAAAGUGUCGGACAAAAGCCUUUUAGAGAACUAUGACUUGAAUUCUGUGAAGAAAAUCCUGCAAAUCGUUGACUCGACGGUCGACACUCGGACCCGAUCGGAAUCCGUGAAUUCAAUGAAUGGCUCGUAUGGAGAGAUUCGGUCAUCAAACCCGUCGCCAUUGACAUCACUCUCUGUGUCAUCACUACCUCUGCCACAAAUCACACCAAUCGACUCACCCGACGAUCUGAAGAAAUCGUUACCCAAUUCUCACGUGUAUAUGAGAUGUCAUUUAUAUCAACACGAGAUCCAUGUCUGCAAAAGUCGUGUCUCUCUAAGCGAUAAAUCUUGCAAUGAGUUCAACAAAGAUAUUAAUUGUAAUAACAUCUCAAAUGCUGUCAAUUCAAGUGCUGCGGAAAGUGAUGACGAAUCCCAACGAGACUCGUCUUCCAUGGAAGAGGAGGUCAUGACAACUGACGGCAAGAAAGUGAGGGUUCGCUCUGUUCUCGGGGAACAAACUCUGAAAAUAUUGAGAACUCAAUACGAGGCGAAUCCCAAACCUAAGAAACACGACAUUCUUAGGUUGGCUCAAGAAGUCAAUUACGCCCCGCGUGUGGUUCAGGUCUGGUUCCAGAAUAUGAGAGCUCGCGAUAGACGACUCGGCAAACCGAUUCCAUCGCAUCAUAUUUCUAGUGAAUUCAAUGCAAACAAUCCAAGAGUUAUGACUUCUUUCUCGCCGUCACUCCAUUCGACACCGCAUUCCGUGUCCAACCCAUUGAUGCCGAUAUCCAUUCCUCACUACAAACCGGCCUCUAAUAUACCGGAAAACAUGUCGUUCUCCCCCACCAUUACAUCCUAUGCUCCAGACAUCAAUGGUUUGACACAUUAUGGACAACGAAUUCCCAACAAUACUUCCAAUUUGAAUAAGUCGUUCAGCAAUCGAUCCAAUAAUCUCACUGAAGAGCCCUUAGACCUAUCCAUCAGAAAAUCUGAUGAGAAAUACAAUUCAAUAGAAGUGUUGAAUUUAAGCCAAAAGUCGAGCAGAAGUCAGACUAACGAUAUCUCUGACGAUGAGAUACCGAGUAAUGUGUCGCUGACUCUCAUUCAACAACAAAAGGAGUUACAAGAGUUGGAACAGACAUCCAUUGUUCGGUCAAUGCUUACUCGUAAAUGUCAUUCACAGGAGUCGGACAUGAAUUCAGUUAACGGAACGGCUAUGCAAUCAACUGAUCGAAUGAGCCGAUGCUCGCCAACCAAUUCAGACGAGUCUAAAGAGACGACUCGACAACCAUUGAAACGCUGCAACUCUGACUGUGAAGACGUUGAAUCUCAAAGUGAUGGUCAUCUUCCAAACGACGACUACCUGUCCAACAGUUCUCUUACAAGAAAUAAACACAUGAUUACUCCGCCAUCAAAGUUAUGGAAAGGUCCGACAGAUAAUGUGAUUAAUUGUGACGAUCAAAGUCCACCACCAGAUGCUAAUUCACAAGCGGAAGGUAUGGGACUCUUUACCUGUGAUCAGUGCGAUAAGACUUUCAGCAAACAGAGCUCUCUGGCCAGACAUAAGUACGAACACUCAGGUCAAAGGCCACACAAAUGUGAUGUCUGCAGCAAAGCAUUUAAGCACAAACACCACUUGACUGAACACAAGCGACUUCAUAGCGGAGAAAAGCCACUAAUGAGACCUAAUAGUGCUCUGAUUGGCAAUUGUAAGCCAUUUCAAUGCAAGAAAUGUCUGAAGAGGUUCUCGCACUCCGGAUCAUAUUCACAACAUAUGAAUCAUAGUGCAAACCAUAGGUUUCAAAUCAACGAUAAUUAUGGACUGCUACCACUAAUGAGACCUAAUAGUGCUCUGAUUGGCAAUUGUAAGCCAUUUCAAUGCAAGAAAUGUCUGAAGAGGUUCUCGCACUCCGGAUCAUAUUCGCAACAUAUGAAUCAUAGCCAUACAGAGAAUGAGUUGAAGACAUCGGCAACUGUUCACUUGAAAGUCAAAUCGGAAACAAUACGUCCAAUAAGUUAA